AUGACUCAUACCGCAGACGUUGUGGUGGUCGGUGCUGGACUGAGUGGCCUUGUAGCUGCUGCGAAACUGACAGAGAAGAACAUCUCUUGCAUUGUCUUGGAAGCUCGCGAUAGGGUUGGUGGCAAAACAUACUCUAAGCCUGUCCUAUCCGGUGGCAGUUCAACUGAGUCAGGGGCUGCUUGGAUCAAUGAGCACACACAGCCUCGCAUCUACAACCUAGUCCAAAAAUUCGGUCUCGAUACUGUGACUCAGUACUCUCAAGGCAUUGACAUUCUCUCCGACAAUUCUGGGGUUAUCCAUACUAGCCCAACGGGCGCCAGCUUUCUUGAGGCACUGGACAAGGAUGGCUCCAUUGUCAAUAUCAUGCAAGAGCUAUCAGCGCAAUCAUCUAGGGUUGAUCUCUACAAUAUCAAGCAAGGGAAUGCAAACUUCGAGGAUAUGCCACUAUCUGAAUGGCUUGAAAAGCAAGGUUUGAAGAGGGGAACUGAAGGAUGGGCCUUUUUUCGAUCCUUCGUCGCCGCUGUGCUAGGCGUUGAGCCCGAUGAGAUUAGUACACUAUACUGGUUCGAUUAUAUCAAAAGUGGACUGGGGCUCGAGAGUUUGGGGAGCGACGGCCCUCAUGGCGCGCAGUAUCGACGAGUUCGUCAAGGUGCGCUACAAUCAUACAUCACUCCUCAGGACUUUUUACUGACUAGCGUCCUUACUACAGGGAAUCAAACAAUAUCAAUAAGACUCGCUCAAGAACUAGCACCAGGUUCGCUGCGCCUGAACAGCCCAGUGCGAUCUAUCGAACAGCAAGACGAUGGCUUUGUCCUCGUCACCACUUAUGGCGAUCGCAAGUUUCGAGCUAAAAAGGUGAUUUUAUCAGUGCCAACUCCAUUGUACAGAUCCAUAUCGUUCAGCCCGUCAUUACCCGCCGACAAAGCCGAAUAUGUCAAUUCAACUUUCAACGGAGACUAUGCGAAAGUCUCGCUGAUAUACUCUGAGCCAUGGUGGAGAACUUUGGGCCUGAGUGGCAUCUUCACAGAUCUGAAUGGCCCCGUCUGCUUCAGCCGUGAUACUUCGUUUGAGCAAGACAAACAAUACUCCAUCACCUGCUUCGUUGUCGGGGAAAUUUGUCGGCAAUGGUCCAAACUCUCACCGACCCAGCGCAGGGAUACUAUUCUCGACUCGCUUACCCGUAUGGUCGGUGAAAAAGGAGCCCGAUUUGUUCGCACAUAUCUUGAUGCUCGCGAAACUAAUUGGAUGCCUGAGAUUUGGAGUCUAGGCGCCCCUUGUCCUGUCCCUGGUCCCGGAACUUGGCAACGUCUCGGAGAUUCCUUGAGGACGCCUUUCCAGAACCUGCAUUUUGUCGGCACAGAGACCGCUUUCAUCUGGAAAGGCUAUAUGGACGGCGCUGUGUCUGCCGGAGAACGAGGCGCGCAGGAAGUGAUCGAGGCACUGAUUACCAAGGCACGACUUUAG